GACGCCGAGGCGUCGCGCCACCUCUACCUCGCGACCUACCCGCUCCUCUUCGGCGUCGCGUGGUACUCGCUCGUCCACGACAAGCACAAGGCGUACUACUCGUGGGCCGUGUCGUCGCUCGCGGACCUGGUGUACUACUUCGGGUUCGUCAUGAUGACGCCCCAGCUCUACAUCAACUACAAGCUCCAGUCCGUCGCGCACCUGCCCGUCAAGUCCUUCGCGUACAAGAUCUUCAACACGUUCAUCGACGACGCGUUCGCGUUCGUCGUCGACAUGCCGCUGAAGCACCGGCUCAUGACGCUCCGCGACGACGUCGUGUUCCUCAUCUUCCUCUACCAGUGGUACACGUACCGCGUCGACAAGACGCGGGCCAACGAGUUCGGCCGCGCGUACGAG